AUGGGUUGGGGUGGUCAUCUGGGGGACCUCAUCACAUCAAGCAUUUGGAGUUCGGAAGAGAAGCUUCUGCACAUCGUCUUGGAGUUGAAGGCAGCUUUUCUCGGUUUGAAGGAGUUUCGGGAGAAGGUAGAGGGUCAUUCUGUGGUUCUGAAGUUGGACAACAUCACAAUGGUGGCCUAUGUGAACAAACAAGGGGGCCUGGUAUCUCUCCAGCUCCACUCUCUGACAGUCGAAUUACAUCAUUGGGCAAUCGACAACUCAGUGGAACUCUCAGCAGAAUAUAUUCCAGGCAAAAAGAAUUUGGUCUCAGACACGUUGAGCCAUCAAAACCAAAUUGUAGGCAUGAAGUGGUCUUUACAUCAGGCUGUGGCAGACAGGCUUUUUCAGGUGUGGGGGAGGCCUACGUUAGACCUCUUUGCAACCUACUACAACAAGAAGCUAGAGGUCUAUUGCUCGGUGAUUCUGGAUCCCUUAGCACUAGCAGAGGAUGCCUUUCAACAUCCUUGGGACAACUUAGAGGUGUAUGCAUUUCCUCCAUUUUGCCUGCUCCGUCAAGUGUUGAACAGGGUGGUGAGAUCUCGAAACUUAAAGAUGACAUUAGUGGCUUCUCUGUGGCUGCAGGCAGAAUGGUUUGCGGCCCUUCUGUUUCUGCUGUCAGAGGUUCCAAGAGAAAUUCCCCCAUGGAGACAAUUACUUGGCCAACUUCACGUUAAAAGAUUCCACCACUCAGUAGAAUCCCUGUCUCUUCACAGAUGGAGGCUAUCAAGUAUCUCCUCCGAGCAAGAGGAUUUUCUCAGGAGACAGCAAGGCAUAUGUCCAGCCAUCUCAGGAAGUCCUCGGCUGCAGUCUACCAAGGGAAAUGGGCAAUAUACUGUGAUUGGUGUCGUCGAUGGGGUUUGUCUCCGCUCAAAACCUCUAUUCACCGCAGAGCAGAUUUUUUGGUCUUUCUCAGAGAUGAGAAAGGUCUUUCUAUUUCUGCUAUCAGAAGCUACAGCUUUAGCCUUUGUGUUAUGCCUGAGAGGUGUAAAUAUCUCCUCAUCCUGGGAGAUCUCUUUAUUGUUCAAAGGUUUCGAGCAGACCUGUUCUCCAAGGGAACUUAAGCCUCUUGUGGGAUGUUUCACUUGUCAUUAA